CUUGAUGGGAAAGAACAAACAGAUGUUUUCUGGAUUUUCAUGGACGAGCAAGGAACAUUUAUGGAGAGCCUCGGCCGUGACGUUGAAGGGCUGUUGAGUUUAUACGAAGCUUCGCAUUUGGCCUUCGAAGAAGAAGAUAUCUUGCACGAGGCUAAGGCAUUUGCCAUCGAGCAUCUUAAACGCCUCAACAAUAUCGAUGUCAGCAAAGAUCUCGAAUAUUUCCAAGUGAACUGGGGGUUGGCACUGCCCCUGCACCUGAGAAUGCCAUUGCUGGAAGCUCGACGGUCCAUUGAAGCUUAUAGCACCCGGAGAGACGCAGAUCGUCGGCUGCUGGAACUGGCCGUGUACAAUUUCAACAUGGUGCAGUCUAUUCUCCAAAGAGAUCUUCAGGAGAUGUCGAGAUGGUGGAACGAUGUUAGCCUGGCAAACAAGUUGAGCUUUGCAAGAGAUCGACUGAUGGAGUGCUUCUUCUGGACGGUCGGAAUGGCCUACGAGCCUCAGUUCAGCAAUCUCCGUAGAGGGCUAACGAAAGUGACCGCACUCGUGACCACCAUCGAUGAUGUGUACGAUGUUUAUGGUAGUUUGGAUGAAUUGGAGCUAUUCACAGAUGCUGUACACAGAUGGGAUGUCGAUGCCGUGUCGAAUCUUCCAGGCUGUAUGAAGCUUUGCUUCCUAGCUCUCUACAAUGCCGUGCACGAGAUGGCUUACGACGUCCUCAAGCAGAAUGGAGAAAAUAUCAUCCCGUGUCUAACAAAGGCGUGGAGUGACAUGCUCAAAGCCUUCCUGCAAGAGGCGAAGUGGAAGCACAACAAGGUCACCCCGACGUUCGAAGAAUACAUGAACAAUGGCUGGAUCUCAGUCUCCGGACUCGUCAUAUUGAUUCAUGCUUUCUUUCUAUCGACCCCGCACAUUAGAAAGGAGGAACUAGAAUUGAUCGAGACUUACGGCCAUGAUCUCUUGAAGUCGCCGUCCAUUAUUUUCCGCCUCUGCAACGAUCUCGGUACCUCGUCGGCCGAGCUAGAGAGAGGAGAAACGGCAAAUUCGAUCCUAUGCUACAUGCAAGACACCGGGUGUGCGAGAAUGUUGCUCGCGAGCAUUAAGGAACUGAUCGACACAGCAUGGAAGAAGAUGAACAGAUAUCAAGUCAACAACUCUUUGUUUGGAAAAUCAUUCGUACGUUUGGCUUUCAACCUAGCCCGAAUAGCUCACUAUACAUACCAAGAUGGAGAUGCACAUGGCGCUCCAAAUGAUAGAUCGAAGUACCGUAUCCACUCAUUAUUGAUUGAUCCCAUUUCUCUGGAGUAGAUUUGUCAAAAUAGGUCAUGGACUCAUUUCUUAACCCAUAUUUUAUGGGCAUUUUAAGGAGUUAGUUAUGUUAG